CCCGUUGAUAGAUAACUAGAUGCAAGGAAAGCUGGGGACCCAGAGCAACGGCUGAGUUCCUGUCACUGCCACCCACUGGACGGCCACCAUGGUGCUUCUGCUGGGCUUCCUCCUCCUUUUGGGAGUCACAGAUUUCACUGGGAGUGUGAGCAUCACUACUCCAGAGCAGACAGUUCAGGAAGCCCAAGGGGAAACUGCGCACCUGCCCUGCAUGUUCACCCUUAGCCCUGAGGACCAAGGACCACUGGACAUCGAGUGGCUUCGGCUUUCAGGACCUAAUAACGAAGAGGUGGACCGUGUGGUUAUUUUAUAUUCUGCAGACAGAAUUUGUGAUGACUUCUAUCCAGGUCUGAAAGGACGAGUGCAUUUUACCAGUAAUGACAUCGGGUCUGGGGACGCAUCCAUAAAUAUAACAAGUAUCCAGCUAUCGGAUGCUGGCACCUAUCAGUGCAGAGUGAAACAAAGCCUUGGCGUUGCCAACAGGAACAUCCAGCUAGCUGUCACCGGUUUCACUGGGAGUGUGAGCAUCACUACUCCAGAGCAGACAGUUCAGGCAGUCCAAGGGGAAACUGCGCACUUGCCCUGCAUGUUCACCCUUAGCCCCGAGGACCAAGGACCACUGGACGUUGACUGGAUGCUGCUCACUGGACCUGAAAAUGAGGUGGUGAAUCAUUUGCUUAUUGUAAGUUUAGCAGACAAAAUUUAUGAUGGCUUCUAUCAAGAUAUGAAAGGACGUGUGAAGUUUACAAGUAAUGAUAUCUGGUCUGGUGAUGCCUCUAUAAAUAUAACCAAUGUUCAGCUCUCUGAUGCUGGCACCUACCAGUGUGAAGUGUUCUAUGGUGCCGCUGCUGCUAAGAGGGCCAUUCAGCUGACAGUUGUCGGCUAGGAGUGAAACCUGGGCCUCAUGCUUCCUAUGAAAAAGCUCUAUGACUGUACCACACCCCUGUCCCUAGAAUUGCUAAUCAGUUUCCCCAGAGAUCACAUCAAUUGAACUUCUAAUUAAGUUUUGCCAAGUAUUUGAUCCUGUGAAUCUCAUGAAAUGUGCCUUGUGCUCCUGCGUUCCUUCAACCUCGAAAGAACCCUUUGUGACAAUAAACCAGUGUCUCGGCAUUCUCUUUGAUUUUUCUGCCAUCAGUUCGCCCCUGUAUUCUAAUGUUAGAGAACCCAGCAGCAAUAUCUUGGAGAUAAGAGAUGUAAUUUUUCUGGAUAUCAGUUGAUGAAAAUAAACAUGAUUUGAAUUUUGA